CAAUUUUGUCACCCUUCAUCGAAAAAAAAAAAUGUACAAUUGAAAAUCUUUCUCAAAAAAAUUAGUAUCCAUACGAGAAGAUUAAAAAACCAAGAACUUUAAAACGGGAAGUAGUAGAUGUGCCUAAAGUAAGCAUUACAAUGCUUAAAACAGAUCUCUCACGUUUCCAUGGUUUCCUGGUGCCUGUGUUCACAUGCUUUGAAGAGAACGAAAAAAAGAGUUUGACUGUAGAAUAUAUUGAAAUCUAUGCAUCGUGGCUUAAAUCAAAGGGAGCCACGGGAGUUUUGGUGAAUAGCCUCACUGGCGAAGGCCCCGUUUUGAGCAAAUACGAACGUCAAAUACAUGCAGAGGCUUGGAGCAAAGCUUGUGAGAAGCAUCAACUGAUUAUGUUACUCCAAAUUGGCGGUGCGCCUCUAUCCGAUGUACUAGAAUUAGCAAGGCACGCCGACACACUAAACUUGGACGGUGUCGUCUGCAUACCGGAGCUGUUUUAUAAGCCGCACGAUGUGGACCAAUUGGUGGGGUAUUGUAAAAUUGUUGCAAAGAAUUGCAGCAGUCAUCCAUUUCUGUAUUACCAUUUGCCAAAUUACACGGAUAUCGAUUUUGAUAUGCUUGAAUUUUGCCAACGCGCCGAGAAGAGUAUACCGAAUUUUUUGGGCUUAACAUACACGCACUGGGACCUCAAUAUGGCAGUGAAAUGUUUGAGUCCGAAACGCAUUAUAAUACUUAGCGACUCACGCAUGCUUUCAAAUGGACUGCUGCUGGGCUUCAAAUGCUUUAGCAUGGCCACAUUCAAUAUGGUGCCGGAUCUAAUGCAAGACAUUUCCGGUGCCAUGCAAGAUAAAAACUUACGAAGAGCCAAUAAGAGUCAAAAACGUGUGAAUGCCUUAAUACGGGACCAUACUAGCAAACGAAAGCCGGGGUAUUGGGUGAGAGGCAUGAAGAAUUGGUUCAACAAUGAGAUGAUGGCUUCAGAUGGAGCUUCUUUUUCUGCUGGUCGUGCACGCAAACUUUACUAGUUUUGAAAUUAAAUAUUUGUUUUUACUUUUACAUUUUUUUGUAAAAUUUUUAAGGAGUUGGAACGUUGAAAAAUUAUUUAAUAAUAAAUUCUCAUUAAUGGG